AUGUCAUCCACAUCGAAUCCUGAUGACAAAGGAAAGAAUGGAGGAAAAUGGACAGGGUGCCUUUAUUUCCUCCUCGCUGACAAAAAAUGGGGAAGACUGAAUCCUGACGAAGUCAGCAAGUAUUUUCGAGAUGAACUGCACGCUGACGAGGAGAUCAUCCUGUUCUCGGAAAUUCGCAAGUACAACCUAGGGGACGAGGACAACCAGCGGGUGUGGGAAGAGAGCGGCGGGUGCGACGGCGGCCGUCCGUAUCCAAAGAGACCACUCCGUUCGUCCGGAGGCUUGAUCCCACUUUUGAAGUCGGUAGCCGGAUGGUUCGGCUACUGGCACGAAUACACAAUUGUGCGGUCGACCAAUUGGUAUUGGAGCUUCGAGAAGAACUCGACGGGCAUCUUCGUGCAGAGAAGCAAAAAUCUAAUCGAUGUCCACUGUUACUUCGCGGGUGAAGCGCGUAAGGAGGACAGGUCAGAAGGCAGAUCUUCCGUAGUGGCAUUCCAUGAAAACAUCCUCGAUGUAGGGAAAUGGAUCGUCAACAGAGGCGAAUUGAGCGCAACUUAUCACUACACCGAGCGUAAUUGCCACCACUUCGCCUCGCUUCUCUACGAGGCGAUCACACGAACGAAGGGAAACCGAAGGCUCGAUAAUACCGAG